ACAACACGAGUUCGAGUGACAGCCUCUGAAGUUCCAAGUUCUCUCUCAACGACGCACGUAGUCAGAAGGAAUGAAUGUCUUCUAUCAGUCUAUCUGUCUGGCUAGGGGAGACUAAAUCAGGCUGUCUGCGGAACAGGAAGGCAUCUCUAUAGAGUUUCCUUGACCCACGAUCAUAAUAGACCGUAGAUCCCUUUGAAUGCCUAGUAAGGUGGUGACUAGUACAUGCCGAGGCCACGAUGCAGCUCCAGGGGUCUCUGGAGGCCCAUACUUAUAAAAAAACUCGUUGUACGAGUGGUUCCUGGUGCUAUCGCUCUAACCAAUGUCCAUCAUCGAAACGAUACAAGAAACUUGGACUUCAUGUUCCAUCACGACAUUGUUUGUUUCGUGUAGGCUCCAUAGCCGCUACUCUCAUGUCUUCUCUUGAAUGCGAAUCUCCGAUUGCGGGUUCUAGCUGGUGUCUGGUUAUUCGCAAACGACCACCCAAGAACUUGAAGAAGAAACAUACUAAGAAUGAUACCCAUCUAUCCUUCAUUCACCUUAAUUGUCCCGGUGCAUGGUGCGGUACACUGGUCAACGUCACGAUCUCUUUUCCGUCACAUCCUAAGAAUCCAUCCCUCUGCACCACAUCUAUCGCCGUGGUCCUAGAUGGGAAUGGUUUUAGGGAAUUCCCGCUUAUCAGUUGUCUCGCUGACGACCUUGGACACGUUCUCGUAUCGCUGGAGGUCACAUUUACCAAUCCACUGACGUACGAUAUAUUCGAUGUGCUUCGGCGCGUGGGGCGCGUACCAGACGCACCUGCCACUGCGGGUGCUGCAGAGACCAGAGUGCCCCAUGCCUGCUCUGCCCUUCGUGCGCUCGAACAAUCACUCAAGACAGGGACAUCGUUUGACAUCAUAUUCCAAGUUUACACUCGUCGCUUGUCUCCCGGAAAGGUCACAAGGCCGAUUCCGAUUUAUGCAAGCACCGCUGUGCUGCAAACCGCAACACUUUUACCAGACUUUUCCGAAGAAGAUCUUGAUUUUUCGGACCUCUUUGAAAUGUCUGAAGGCGACACUCUCCCUUUCACCUCCACGGAGAGUUACGAGUACGAAUCUGAUAGUGAUCUGGACGACGACGACGACGACAAUUUGGCCACUGGUGAUGAAGCUUCAGCAUGUCAUGACGAGCGAUCUCACACCCCAGUAGACAAUGCUGAAUCACACGAAGUGAAUGAUACUGGUUCAAUCUCGUCAUUCUCCAGCAUUGAAGAGCAGCCGGGAAAUCGAACACUGCUUGUGGAAGGUGUUGAGAUAGUACCGGCAGUGACUGACGAGAACCUGAAACGUGGAUCUCGAGUCGUCCUCGUAAAAGGUGUCGCCUGGAGGACGUGGCACGCCUUCAUUUAUUAUUGUUACACUGGCAUUGUCAACUUUGCAAGCUUGCGAUCUCAAGGUACACUGGAGGCGGCGCAUCAGCAGAGUCGCUUAAAAGAUGGACCGCCACAUUGCUCCCCGAAAUCGAUUUAUCAACUGGCUCGGAAGCUUCACAAUGAACCAUUGUCUCAACUUGCUUUAAAGGCCAUCGAAAUUAGGUUGUCCACGGCCAAUAUACUGGAUGAGGCAUUCUCCAAAUUCACUUCCAGACAUGAUGCUGUCAGAGAAAUGCAAGUUGCCCUGCUGGUGAAACACAGAAAUGCGUCAGAGGUUCUGCAGGGUCUCCCAACUAAAAUCGAAGCCAUGGGCAUGGGCAAUGCGCCCCACGCUGUACCGGUUCUCACUACGUACUGCCAGCAAAUUGCCCAGAUAUUUAACUCUAAUCACCAAAACGGACCUAAACCCGAAUCCAAACCCCCCAUACCCAAAUCCAAAGUCGAUCAUCGCCCAAGUCUGUUAUAAUUCCAUGCGCAGACGUGCGGCACGAACGGCGGACCCCCGCACUACCAACCUACUAUGACGUCUACUACUACUGACGGCUUACUUGACUUGAAUUACACAUGCAGGUUCAACCUAUUCGCCGUGUAUUACUAUUUGUGACGGUUUUC